ACUCCGCUAGACACAUUUGCCCUGCCUCGGCAACCCCACUCCUGCCGACCGCCCUGGAGCCGCUGAAGGACGUACACCUGGGCCUUGCUCCACCCAGCCGCGGCCCAGCUCGCCUGGCCAUCCUCUCGGGCCACUAUCUCUACUAUCAUUACGGUUGCGACGGCCUGGACGACCGGGGCUGGGGCUGUGGAUACCGCACUCUGCAGACACUGUGCUCAUGGCCACACGGACGGCCCGCGGGUGUGCCCGGGUUGAUGGACAUGCAGGCCGCGCUUGAGGACAUGGGUGACAAACCCCCUGGGUUCCGGGGCUCCCGGAGCUGGAUCGGCUGUGUAGAGGCCAGCUUCUGCCUCGACCACUUCGGCGGGCCCCAGGGGCGCCUAUGCCACGUUCCCCGUGGAGCUGGGCUUCAGGGGGAACUAGAGAGGCUUUACUCCCACUUCGCAGGGGGUGGGGGGCCUGUAAUGGUUGGGGGGGAUGCAGAUGCCCAGUCCAAGGCCUUGCUGGGAGUCUGCCUGGGGCCAGGCACAGAAGCCUAUGUCCUGGUACUGGACCCUCAUUGCUGGGGUACUCCAAAAAACCCCAGUGAACUACAGGUUGCUGGAUGGGUGGGCUGGCGAGAGGUGAGCACCACCUUUGACCCCAACUCCUUCUACAACCUGUGUCUGACCACCUGUAACUCUGAAAAGCAUCUGCGGGCCCAGGACUGAGAUGAAGUUCCCAGAACUGAGGAUUGUCUCUGGCCUGACUCACUCUCAAAGUCUGAGACUUAGAGCUGCCCAAUGUCAGGCCCCCAGGAAGUCCCAGUACAGCCUGGGACCUUUGGCAUCAAUAAAGUGGCAAGGCCCAGCUUAA